GUACUCGGCCCCUUCUGGAAGGUUCCACUCCAGCCUCUCCUCUGCAGUGGCACCUUUUGUGAUCUGGAGACAGAAAACAAGAGAUCAGGGGGAGAGCUUGCAGAAAAAAGAAAAAAAAAAGGAAAAUAAUAACCAGCAAACCAGAAUACACUCUAAAGACAUAAAACACUCUAUGGCAGAAUUCAGAAAUAAGCUUUAAAGGAACAAGACAAUGAAGAUUUAAAGGAAGAAGACAACAGAGGGAGGAAGAAGGAUGUCCCAAAAACAGCUGAAGGAAGCCUUUAUCAGCAACCUGAACGGAACGAGUUUGCUGGAAAUUUCCGCAGGCUUGUCCCUGCCUCCGCUGUGCCUGCUCUGCAGAGGGCUCCUCCUGAUCCUGCACUACCUGCACCAUGGAAAACCUGUAAGCUCAAGGAAGUACAGCCUGCUGCUAGACUUCCUGGUGCUGGUGUCUCCUCUCCUCUUCUCUUGCACUGUCUUGUCUCCAAUCAUCUUUUUCAUACCGGUUAUCCUUGCUGCCUUUUGUGCCGGAAUAUUUCUCAAAAUAUACAGCCACAGAAAACGGGAGGCCAGAGCGCCCUUUGGGCAGAUUGUAAAAGAAUUCCAGGAGGCAUGCUUGGAUCCCAAGUGCAUUCCAGCAAUAACUGUGUUCCGUGUUUAUGUCAACGUGCUGACAUCCAUCAGCAUUUUGGCCGUGGAUUUCCCGCAGUACCCCCGGCGAUACGCCAAGGCCGAGACCUACGGCACCGGCGCCAUGGAUUUGGGGGUGGGAGCCUUCAUCUUUGGAAAUGCUCUGGUUUGCCCUGAGGUUCGACACAAACCUCACAUGGCACAGCCCAGGUUCUCCAGCCUGGCCAGGCAGGUGUUCUCUGUGUGGCCGCUGAUUUCCCUCGGUGUUGGGCGGCUGCUGAGCGUUAAAUCCAUCGAGUACCACGAGCACACCUCGGAGUACGGGGUGCACUGGAACUUCUUCUUUACCUUGGCACUGGUGAGACUUGCAGCAUCUCUGCUUUUAGCCAUAAUCCCCAAACAUAAGGCUUGGCUUGUGGCUCUAGCUGUGGCUGUGCUUUACCAGCUCCUCCUCAGCACCACCUCUCUGAAGACGUUCAUCCUGCACGGCAGCGACGGCAGGGGCUCCCGGCUCGGCUUCCUCGAUGCCAACAGGGAAGGGCUGCUCUCCCUCUUUGGCUACCUGGCCAUCUACCUGGCGAGCGUGCAGGUGGGGCUGUGGCUGCUGCAGCGCAGGAGCUGGGUCAGGAGCUGGCUGGAAGCCCUGAGGGGGCUGGCUGUGGCUGUUCUGGGGCUGUGGGUGAUGCUGCAGCUGUGCCAGGCGUGCACGGAGCCCGUGUCGCGCCGCCUCGCCAACCUGCCCUUCUGCACAUGGGUGCUCGCCCAGUGCCUGCUGCUGCUGGGCUUUUUUGUGCUCACCGACCUCGCCUUGGUGUUCACAAAGCUGCUGGUCAGAGGGUGCAGCGUGCCCUGCUGCUGGGAGCUCGUGCAGCCCCCAGAUUCCAGGAAAAAGCACGGAAUGGAGGCCGUGCCGGUGGGAAGGCAAGACAAGCUGUCACAGCCAUGCCUGAUUAGUGCCAUUAACAAAAAUCAAUUACUGUUUUUCUUGCUAGCCAAUGUCAUGACUGGUGCUGUGAACAUCCUGAUAGAUACAAUCCACAGCAAGGCUGCCUUUACGUUAUGCAUAUUGCAUUUAUACAUGUUUUUUAACUGUUUAAUUAUGUAUAUAUUGCAUGCCAGAAAUAUAGUAUUAAAGUUUUGGUGAGUGGACUAGCUGGACUUUGUUUGCUGCAGUUGAAUGAUGGCAUUUAAUUGAAAAAAUAGUAUUUUUCCUGGAUGUGUUGCAAUAAUUUAUAAUUUAGCAGAGCUUUUUAUUAUUUAGUGUUGAUUACUUUUUAAUGGUUCAUUUUACCAAAUUACACAGUUGAUGAGCUUACCUGUUGGGAGCUGUUGCACAUUAUCCUGAAAACUUAGGAUUGGAGAUUGCUGAAUAUUCCUGCUGCUCCUGAGAGUAAAUUGUAUUUACAGUUAGUGAACUGUGCUCAUACCCAAGGAAUUAGAUAACAAGGUAGAGUAGAAACCAGAUGAAAAGAAAAUGAGUAAUUAUAUGGAGAGAGAGGCCUAGCUGUGUCAAGAUUUACCUAGUUAAGGCAUAAAUAAUAGAUAAGAAUAAUUCUUUAUAUAAAAUGUAUUGAAUAAGUGGAUACUUGAAAAUGUUUUGGCCCCAGUCCUGCAGAGACUUAUGCAUAUGCUUGACUUUGAUGGUAGUAAUUGUGGAGUGUUAAUCAUAUACUGAAACCUAAAUUAGCCUUUGAAUUAAAGCUAGAUUUUACUUCCGUCCCCACUGAUGAAUAUAAAUGAAGAGCUGAGAUAAAGUGUGAUGCUCUGAAGGAUAAACUCAACUGCAGAUGAAUUCAUAAAGCAGUAGUUGGAGGUUGUGGUGCAGAUAGUAAGAGCAACACUUCAUAAGAAAAUACAAAUAUACCAAAUGGUUUCAGCUCCAACCUGCAGACCAGCACACUGAAUAGUGUAUUUUGCCAGCUGAGAUGUCCCCAAGGGGGGACAUUUGGCAUUAAUUUUGAUUAGCAAACAAACAGGGUUCAGAUGGAAAGAAGUG